GUUAAAGUAUUCCAACCUUUACUCUCUAAAAAUAAAAACCUGAUGUAAAUAAAAUAAAUCACGCAAUUUUUACGUUAAUAGUGAACGAUGGGUGCUAAAUAGUGUAGGUUUUAAAAAUUCAAUUGGAAGUUAACUAUAAAAAUAAUGUCAACUCCGGAGAGAUACUCGAAAUUAGGAAAAAAUAAAAGAAGAAAAAGCGAUUUUCAUAUCAGCAAUGGUCUUACAAACAUAUCUCCUCCGAAGGAUUCAUACAAUGCUAUUUAUUUGUCAUUUGUAUUAGGAGGAGCUGGAUUUUUAUUCCCUUAUAACAGCUUCAUAAUGGCAAUGGAUUACUUCAAAAUACGAUAUCCGGACACACCAGUUGUCUUCGACAUGUCCCUCGUAUAUAUUGUUGUUGCUUUUCUUACAGUUUUAGGAAACAAUCUUUUGGUAGAAACAUUCACUUUAAAUGCAAGAAUCAAUUUUGGAUAUAUAAUGUCUUUCAUCACUUUAAUAUUUGUUGUAAUUUGCGAAGUUUGGUGGGAGGCAUUUGGUACAACAACUUCUUAUACAGUUAAUUUAGGGGCUGUUGCUGUCGUAGCUGUUGGAUGUACAGUUCAACAAUCCAGCUUCUAUGGCUACACAAGUAUGCUACCGGCUAGAUAUACACAAGCAGUAAUGGUAGGAGAAAGUGCUUCUGGAGUAUUUACGUCCUCUGUCAGAGUCUUGACAAGAUUCCUCGUGUCAGAGAUAAGGGGUAGCACAAUAUACUUUUUCACCGUUUCCGUUUCUGCGGUAGCCACCUGUUUCGCCAUGUACCAUCUCAUUAGAAGAACAGAUUUUAUUCAAUUUUACAUCGCCUUGUGCGACACUGCAAAGACAAGAAUUACGUUGGAACCCACCGAGGACGCAGGUUUGGUAAGACAAAAAAUCUCUAGCACAGAUAGAAACUUAAUCAACAACAUAUCUGACGCGCACGUGCUAUCGUUUUCCGUUCACACACACGUGUACCCCAUCGCAAACAAACACACUCGAGGAAUACAAGCACGUUGGGAAAUAACAAAGGCAAUUUAUCCGUAUAUGAUCUCGAUUUGCUUAGCAUAUUUCACCACUUUGUGCUUAUACCCAGGUAUCGCUUCUGAAAUAGUAAGUUGUCGAUUGGGAUCGUGGAUGCCAAUUCUCAUGAUGGCUAUAUUUAACGGAGCCGACCUGCUUGGAAAAAUUUUGGCAGCCUCGUCCUGGCAAUGGACAGGUGCUCGAUUAGUUCGACACCAGCUAUUUGUUUUCAAAGCCAUAAAGAAAGACUUCACCAAAUGCAAUAUGAUGACUCUUUCGUACAAUUUUGGUCUGACUGCGGGUUCAUUGAUGGCAUAUUUCCUUGAAUCAGGACUGAGUCCGGUAGAAGACCACCCCUGCGGACCAAAUCCCCUUCAUGUUAAACCAAAUUACAUCUUCAAUGCCACAGCAAGCACAAUCAGUCUGCUAAUAUCAACAUUACCGUUAUCAACAACCGUACCACUUACAUCAACAAUAUCAACUGUAAUUUCUCAAAACAUAUCGAGUGUUAAUGGAACUCUUGAUAUGCGUUAGUUAAUUACAUAUAAAUGUAGAUAGGUACUCAGUGCUGUUGCUAAUUUUUAAAUACAAUGUACAUACAUACAUACGUAAAAUACCUAAAUAGGUACUACCAGCCUGUGGUAAAAAAUAUAAAAAUAAUGAAAUUAUUAUUGUCCACUAUUAUCGUAUUGGCAAAUUAAUAUUGGAAGUAUAGUACAUGGUCCCCACGAGAAGUGGGCUAAUUGGAUAUAUACCGUCUUUAGGAGGGGGGUUUUUUUAUAGGGGUCGUAGUCCUGGACCUCAUAAAUAUGGGACCUCGUUUCUAUAAGUAAGAUUAUUUUUUUCUAAUUUAAAAAAAUUUAAAUUAUACCGAAAAUUAAACACUGUAUGACUAGUUAAAUUAAUAAUAAAAAUUAAAGGCUAUAUUUAUAACUAUAAUUGUAUACCUAGUUAAUUAUAAUUGUCUAACGUAACCGUUUUAAUAAGUAAUAGCUUAUUUUAUAACAACCGAAGACAAGAAAACUGGCAAUUAAAUGAUCAUCGAUAGAAAAUAAACAGCCUUAAUCUUAAGGGGGCCUCUCUUCAAAUUUUAGACCUGGGCCCUGCUUCAUAUAAAUAUUUCGGGAGUUACAGUCUAAAAGCAUCUCCUACAAUUAGUUACUUACUAUUCUUACUUUUUUCACACAGUAUCUCCCGAAAAUUGUUAAAGCUGACGUUGGAUGGGGUUAUAACUUAGGAGGGUACUGAGCAGCGUGGGGGGUCAGCCAAACCGCCACGAAAGAAAUUUCUGAACAGUUUAUGAAAAAUUAUUUAAAAUGUCUUUACUUUUUAUAAAAUAUAGAUUUAUAUAAGU